GCCGCGCGCACGAGCGUGCUGUCGAGCAGGUGGAGACAGCUCUGGAGUGCUUGCGACAGAAGGGCCCUGGUCUUCACCAGAGAGACAAUGUUCCGGCCCAGAAGCCCGGCGCAAGGCGAAGAAGACUUCGUCAGAAACGUCGACAGUGUGCUACGCCAGCUCAGUCCCACCGACCCCAGGGACAAGUUCGCGCUCGAGUUCAGGUUCAUUCAAUCCAAAGUGGAGUGCCAUGUCGACCAAUGGGUCGCCUUCUGCGCGGCGUCGACGGCGAAGGACAUUGUGUUCGAUUUUAAUCCGGGGUCAUGGGGCACCUACUGGUUCAGCUUCCCACUGAAGCAUUUCAGAAAUGGUUCUCCUGCCAUCAGGUCUCUACACCUCAUGUCUGUCGACCUGUACCCGCCGGUGGUGCCGCCUGAUUUCCGCGGCUUCACAAACCUAAGAGAGCUCAAGCUCGACUCCGUGCUAGGAGAUAUCCAUUGCCUGCUGCUGCCGGCCUUCUCUGUCCUCGAGUGGCUAAGCAUCACACGCUGCACCCUCCACAGCUUCAGUACAUCCCAGCCGCUGGGUCGGCUGCGUUACAUGUGUGUCCAGUACUGUCAUAUGCACGAGCUUGAGGUGCAAGCUCCGAACCUUGCUAAGUUCGAGUUUGCCAGCUUUGAGGUCCAUCCGGUGUUUGUGCUCGAUGAAUGCCUAGACAUACAAGAGGUGACUGUCACGGUGCUAACAGAGGAGGAUGUUUUCGACUACGCCUUUGCAAAGCUUCCUGCUGGCGGUAUGUCGUAUGCACGGAAGCUCUCGAUGCGAAUUGCUAUUGAUACCCAGGUGCUUCAAUUUGCAGGAUGCCCCAGCAGCUUCAUCAACCUGAAGCAUCUUAUAUUGACCAUGCAUGUCCGUGUACGUUAUGACUCUACCAGUGGCAUCCUUCGUUUGGCUUCCCUUUUGGAGUUGGCCCCUGUUCUGGAACAACUGGAACUGCAUAUGGAAUGUCAGUACAGUGAGGGGGUGGAGAACAUGUGGCUGAAGGAGUGGCCCCUGCCCAUUCAGCCACACGAUCAUCUGAAGACGGUCCACAUGAGCGGAGUCUACGGCAACAUCGACCUACUCAAUCUGGCGCUGCACUUUGCUCGAUGCGCCAUGGUGCUGGAGCGCAUGGUGAUUGGCCCGAUGGUGAAGAAGAACUACGUGAUGACUCGUGACUCACUGGAGGAGGGCCAACAAAUGGCCAGGGAGCACCUUAGGGGAAAGGGGUUUGACGGCAUUCUCACCUUCUUGUGAAGCUCCAAAACGGCUGCUGGCAAGCUUCAGGGUAAAUGUUACACAGGUUGAAAGAAAGAACUGCGUUGCUCAGAAUAGCUGGUAGACUGGCCAACAUUGCCAAGUGCCAAUAGAACAAAAAGUUGUAUGGUUGCGGGCAGAGCUUGAAGCCAAGCCGUCUCUACUCCAACCUUAAUUUUAUUUGUAGCAUCUUUCUGAAGA